CGCAUUCUCGGCCCUCUCUCAGCCGCGACUGUGUUCUCCGCCGCCGGGCUGACUACUCCCUCACCUCUGUUCCCUUUCUUCCCUCUUUUCUCAACACCCUCUCACUCUGAAACACGCGCAUAUAGCAUCUCUCUCUCGCAGCUCUCUCAGUUGUGUUGGAAAAAUUAGUCGUCUUUCGCCGACGCCGAGCAGCCACCGUAUCCUUCGUUAUAACAUCGUUUUUCAGCUCUCUUACUGCCACAACCCCUUCUCAUUUUCUUUCUCGUUGUCUGCCUCCUCCCCAACUCAAUUUUCGCGCCAUUAGCAAUGGACGUGAGAAAGCUUCUAAAAGCUUCGGCAGAAGCUAGAAACCUCAAAUUCGGUAAAUCCAUCCACGCACAUCUCAUUGUUAUGAAUCAAAUUACACGGAACCACGUGAUUGAGAAGAACUCGUUGAUCAAUCACUAUGCAAAGUGUGGUGAUUUAUCGAGUGCGCGCAUACUGUUCGACAAAAUGCGUAAGAGGAAUGUCGUUUCUUGGGGCAGCAUGAUGUCCGGGUAUUCACAGCACGGAUACGCUCAAGAAGUUGUGCAGCUGUGGAGAAAAAUGGUUAAUGUGGAUAAACUAAACCCAAACAGGCAUGUGCUGCCGAUGGUUCUUUCGUCGUGCUCGAAUUGUGGAUUGCUGGAUGAAGGCCAGCAGUGUCACGGGUAUGCAUUGAAGUCUGGAUUGAUAUUUCAUCAAUAUGUUAAGAAUGCACUUGUUUACCUGUAUACGAUGUCAACUCAUCUGGAAGAGGCCAUGCAGGUUCUUGAUUCGCCACCAAGAUCGGAUCUUUGCACUUAUAAUUCGGUAUUGAAUGGACUCUUGGCACAUGGGUACUUGAACGAAGCGUGUUAUGUUUUGCGUAUGAUGAUUGAGGAAUUUGAGUGGAGUAGGUGGGAUGGUGUUACUUGUGUUAAUGUUUUCAGUGUUUGUGGCCAUCUUAAGGAUUUGAUAUUGGGAAGGCAAGUUCAUGGUAGACUGUUGAAGAUUGGUUUGGAUCAUGAUUUGUUCGUGGGUAGCGCCACAAUAGAUAUGUAUGGAAAAUGUGGUGAUGUUUCACAGAUGAGAAAAGUUUUUGAUGCGUUGAGAGCAAGAAAUGAGGUGACUUGGACAGCUGCUCUAACUGCCUACACACAGAAUGAAUGCUUUGAAGAAGCACUUAAGCUGUUUCUGGAAAUGAACCGCGAAAACAUUGUACCGAAUGAAUACACAUUUGCAGUGCUUUUGAACUCGUGUGCUGGUUUGUCAGCUCUUGGGUAUGGCAGUUCGAUACAUGCACGCGUUGAGAAGGUGGGGUUAAAGCACGAUAUUGUUGUUGGAAAUGCUUUGAUCUACAUGGCUUCAAAAUGUGGCCUCAUUGAUGAUGCACGUAUGUUGUUCGAGAGUUUGUUGGAUCGUGAUGUCAUAUCAUGGAAUUUGAUGAUAAAUGGUUACUCAUAUCAUGGGCUUGGCAUGGAAGCCCUUGAUGUGUUUCAACAUAUGUUGAGUGAAUGGAAACAACCGAGUUAUGUAACUUUUGUUGGGGUGCUCUCUGCUUGUAGCUUGUUGGGGCGAGUUGAUGAAGGUUUCUAUUAUCUGGAUCAGAUGAUGAGAGAAUACGGCAUUGAACCCGGGCUAGAGCACUAUACCUGCAUUGUUGGGCUUCUAGGUAGGGCACGUAGGCUAGAUGAGGCGGAGAAUUUCAUUAGAUCGAGUCCACUAAGAUGGGAUGUCAUUGCCUGGAGAACCUUGCUCAAUGCUUGCCUCGUCCAUCAGAAUUAUGGUCUAGGAAAGAAAGUUGCAGAUAUACUGCUGGAGAUCGGCCCAGAUGAUGCUGGCACGUGUAUCCUAAUGUCAAAUAUGCACGCCAAAGCCAAGAGAUGGGAUAAAGCAUCCGCUGUGAGAAAAUUGAUGAGAGAAAGGAACAUAAAAAAAGAGCCUGGAUUGAGCUGGAUAGAAAUUAGAAAUGAUACACAUGUCUUUGUCUCUGGUGACACGAAUCAUGUGGAGUCUGUUCAAAUUCGUGACAAGGUGAAGAAACUUUUGGCUGAGAUUAGAACUCUGGGUUAUGUUCCAGAUAUUGCUACGGAGCUGCACGAUGUGGAGGAGGAACAGAAAGAGGAUUGGCUCGGUUAUCACAGCGAGAAGUUAGCCAUAGCGUAUGCGCUCAUGAAAACACCUCAAGGGGCACCCAUCCGUGUCAUGAAGAACCUUAGAAUGUGCGAUGAUUGCCACUCUGCAGCAAAAUACAUCUCGAAGCUCACAAACAGAACAAUAAUUGUUAGAGAUGCAAACCGGUUUCAUCGUUUCAGAGAUGGUUUCUGUUCGUGUGCUGACUAUUGGUAAACAUAGUCCACCUAUGCAUACACCAAAGAUUAUGGUGGAUCUCUAUCUACGCUACAUGAAAUAGGCCUUCUUAAGCUGCCAUGUCCUAGUGGAAGGUGUGGAUGUGCUGAAUAAUGGGAGCUCACACCACGGUGCAAUUCUCAGUCGUCCGGUGGCACUUUUUACGGACAAUGAAAAUCCUCCCACUGCACUCUCCUUUCCCCAUCUUCAAGACUCAGGCAGGCUAAGUUCAGGUUGAUUUCUCCUUGCUACUUGGUUUAUUCAGAAAUGAGCAUACUGCAAGAUGCUAAAGUAUGUCAUUAUGAAGUUAACCAGUUCGAGUGAGUGACAGUGAGCAUGAGUCAAGGAUGCCAAUGCCUUUCUCUGUGGAAGAAAAGGAGAGCUCUCAAUGCCAGAAUACGCAAUACUAUCAAUUUUUUGCCCAUCAGGUUGUGAUAGAACAGUAACUUAAGUCGAGCCAUGUUAUCCUAUAUAUCUUCAUAUCCAUAGGCAAAUUAUGAGGGUAGUUUGGUAAUUUAAAUAUACAUAAACAACAGAAUUUCUAACAACUCAUUUAAUUCUCUUGAAAAUUGUGGAAUAUCAGCAAUCAUUGAACUUCUGCACUAUCUAUUUAAAUUGGACAUUUAUGGGGCGCGGCCCAUAAAUAUUUAUUACUGCUACAUCAAUUGGCUCAUUUAGCACUCUUAAUUGUGCAUAAACAAAAGAAAAAAAAAAGUAGAGUACUAAUCUUUAUCCAAAUGUAUCAAGAAAAAUUAAUUCAGUUGUGCAUGAUUUAGUACAUCAAGAGAAAAAAAGAAAGACAGAAAAGUAAUUGGGUCAUUUAGUACUAUUCAUUCUACAUCCAACUGAGUUGUAAUAAGUGACAAUAUCAAAUUUUAGUGAGCUCUUCAUGAAGUAACAAGGCGAU